AUGAGUGAAAAACUACCAGGCUGCUUGGAAUUAAAGGAAGAUACCAUUGAGAACCUUCUUGCUGCAGCCUGUCUUCUUCAGCUUCCUCAAGUCGUAGAUGUGUGUUGUCAUUUCCUCAUGAAGCUGUUGCAUCCUUCCAACUGUUUAGGAAUUCGAGCAUUUGCAGAUGCCCAAGGAUGCAUUGAACUAAUGAAGGUGGCCCAUAGUUACACCAUGGAAAACAUAAUGGAAGUUAUGAGAAAUCAAGAAUUUUUACUGCUUCCAGCUGAGGAACUCCAUAAACUUCUGGCCAGUGAUGAUGUCAAUGUUCCUGAUGAAGAAACCAUCUUCCAUGCAUUAAUGAUGUGGGUCAAGUAUGACAUGCAGACGAGGUGCAGUGACUUAAGUAUGCUCCUUGCAUUUAUAAGACUUCCACUACUCCCACCUCAGAUAUUGGCUGACCUAGAAAAUCAUGCAUUAUUUAAGAAUGAUUUGGAAUGCCAAAAGCUCAUUCUGGAAGCAAUGAAGUAUCAUCUGUUGCCAGAAAGAAGAACAUUAAUGCAAAGUCCAAGAACAAAACCUAGGAAGUCUACAGUUGGAACUCUGUAUGCUGUAGGAGGAAUGGAUAACAAUAAAGGAGCUACAACCAUAGAAAAAUAUGACCUCCGGACAAAUUUGUGGAUCCAGGCAGGCAUGAUGAAUGGUAGGAGGUUGCAGUUUGGUGUGGCUGUGAUUGAUGACAAGCUCUUUGUCAUUGGAGGUCGAGAUGGCCUAAAGACAUUGAACACUGUGGAAUGCUACAAUCCUAAAACCAAGACGUGGACUGUCUUACCGCCAAUGUCAACACAUAGACACGGCCUAGGCGUGACAGUGCUUGAAGGUCCAAUUUAUGCAGUGGGAGGCCAUGAUGGCUGGAGCUACCUAAACACAGUGGAGAGGUGGGAUCCCCAGAGUCAGCAGUGGACAUUUGUAGCCAGUAUGUCCAUUGCCCGGAGCACGGUGGGUGUGGCAGCAUUGAAUGGCAAGUUGUAUUCAGUCGGAGGUCGUGAUGGAAGUUCUUGUUUGAGUUCAAUGGAAUAUUAUGAUCCUCACACAAAUAAAUGGAACAUGUGUGCUCCCAUGUGCAAGCGGAGAGGUGGUGUUGGAGUGGCCACAUGUGAUGGCUUUCUUUAUGCAGUUGGAGGCCAUGACGCACCUGCUUCAAAUCACUGCUCCCGGCUCCUAGACUAUGUUGAGAGAUAUGAUCCCAAAACAGACACAUGGACCAUGGUUGCUCCUUUGAGUAUGCCCCGAGAUGCAGUUGGCGUUUGUCUUCUUGGUGACAGAUUAUAUGCUGUUGGUGGCUACGAUGGACAGACCUAUCUCAACACGAUGGAAUCUUAUGACCCACAAACUAAUGAGUGGACACAGAUGGCUUCCUUGAAUAUUGGGAGGGCAGGUGCCUGUGUGGUAGUCAUCAAGCAACCUUGACUUACCUUUAUUUGGGAUAUUUCAUUUGCUGGAAUGGUUAUUUUUCUAUGAGAGGGCAAGCAUGGGAAUUUCCUGAGAUGAGAACUCUUCGGGAACAAAGAUUUCUACAGAUUUACCUGCUGACAUUAAAAGAGGUGGAAGAGUAAACAGAAUUAUAGGAAGAAGAAAACAUCGGACUGCUACAGGAAUAGUAUCUGGCCAUGCAUUAGCUAGUUCAGAAGUGGUUGUUGGUAAUUGGUUUUGUAUUGUAGCAUACAAUAACUAGAUUUACCAAAGGCUUGUUUUUCUUGAGCAAUUAAAAACGAGAGACCAGUAUUUGUGACAUGAAUACUUUUAUGACAACUCACUCAAUUGUUUUUAUAAUUUGUGGAGAUAUUUAAGAAGUUGCCAAGAGUAGAAGACAUGCUAUUUCAUCUGACAGUGUCUGAUAGGUUUAUUAUUUUCCGAAUCAGAUGUGAUCCUAUCAGGAGACACAGUGAUGUUUUAUUAAAACAAACAUGCUUCUUCCUCAUUUCCUAAGCUAUGAAGGCAAUUACAGAAAGAGAUUCAUAUCUCUUGAAUUCAGAAAAUAAAUUGUCCUCCUAAUCAAAGCUGCAUCUAUCAUCAGAAGCCAUGGCUGAAUUUUAUUGCAACCAUAUUAGCAGUCUGAAGUUGGCAAACUCAAAGAAUUGUUUUCAUUAGGCUUGCCUCAUUGCUUUGCUGAGCUAAAGACUCAGUACAUUUUUGGGCUUUUGCCCUAUACUGAGUUCAGUGUAAGCAUGGAUGCUAGUUAUCCUGAAUGUUACAUAUAUAUAUAAUAUGCAUAUAUAUAUCCAUUGCAUGCUGAUGUAGAGUUAUAUUCAUUAAAAAUGACAGAAUUUUGAGAGAGAAAUAUAUAAUUCAUCCAUUUAGAAUAUUAAGAACUGUCAUUGUGAGGGAAGAAGCAGGCUUCAGAUUGUCAUUUAUCACCUUUCAAACUUGUUACAUUGAUAUGCACAUUAUUUUAUGCCAAAUGUUUGUAAUUAUUUAAAAUAUAAUGUGGAAAAAUUAUACAGUGUCCUUAACAGACAACAUGGAAAUUUUAAAUAUAAGGAAUAAAUAACAGAAACUUUGCUUUUACUAGUGUAUCUUCCUUAAAUGAACUUUCAGAUCUAAACUUGACAGUGAUCCUGCAGAAAUAACCAAUUUUCUUUAAGAAUAUUAAGAAAUAUUUGUCCGUGGUCCGGGAGGUGGCGCAGUGAUAAAGCGUUGGACUCUCAAGCAUGAUGUUGUGAGUUUAAUCCCCAGCAGUAUAUGUGCCAGAGUGAU